UCGGCUCUGUUCGCAUUUGGCAUGGCCACCAACGUCCACUCGGACUACAUCUUGCGCAACCUGCGCCGACCGGGCGAGACAGGCUACAAGAUUCCGCAAGGCGGCAUGUUUGAGUACAUAUCCGGCGCAAACUUGUGGGGCGAGGUGGUGGAGUGGCUCGGCUUUGCCAUCGCGACGCAGACGCCCGGCGCGGCGGUGUUCUCGCUCUUCUGCCUCGUCGGGAUUGGCGGCCGCUGCGUGGCCACUCACGGCUGGUACCUCCGAAAAUUUGGCGAUGCGUACCCGCAGCAGCGCCGACGCAUGAUCCCUUUUGUCUGGUGA